UGUAAGCGAAACGUGAGCGUGUACGGUUGGCCACUGAAUCUGGCGGGUGAACGAGUGAUUUUAAUUAAUCUCCUAUGUAUAUAUAUAUACUUUUAUGUGCAUACAUAUAUAAAAAUACAUACAUACAUGCAUAUGUACUACAGUUGAGUGUUUUAAAAGUAAUAGAAAUGUUAAUUAAAUAGUGUCUCCAGUGAAGUGUUUACCCGAAAAAAUUAAGCAUUUUUCGUUUGAAAAAUUGUAUUGGAAUUUUUUAAUUGCCUUAAAAAAAGUAUGUCCAAAAAAUCUGCACCCGAUAGUGUUGAAUUUAUUAAAAUAAAAACUACAACAGUGGCUGAACAAGCGCCAAAUACCGCAACAACAACAACAACAACAACAACUAAACUAACAACAAUAGCAACAAGUUCGAAUUCGAACGCAGCAGACAACAGCCCAACAGAUAUGCAAGCGGUUAAAAUAAAAAAGGAGCUGCCCAGCGAUGAGAUAAAGGAAUUCGCCGAGAAUACAAUGAACGAAUUGCUCGGCUGGUAUGGAUUCGAUGGUGUGGAUCGGCUGGAUUUAUCUACGAAAACAAGCCGCCUGCUACAAUCUGCAGCCGUUGCACAAGCAAACAAUGCGGCAUUGAGUGCAGCCAACAACAACAGUAGCAGUAGCGGAAAUAAUACAAACAACAAUAACCACUCUGGUGCAAUAAGCCAUCAAAGGCAUUGCAUGGAAAAGCGACGAAGUCGCAGUCGCGCAGCCACGCUGCUACAGCUGCAGCAGCAGCAGCAGCAGCAGCAGCAACAACAACAACAGCAACAAAACGAGCACAUACGUAAUAUUCUUAACAAAAACAACAAUAAUAACAACAAAAAUGGAACUAGUAAUAAUGCGAUCAACAAAAACAGCAGCAGCAACAACAAUGGCAGCAGCAACAGCAAAAUGUCGCUCAACUGCAUUUCAGGAAAUUAUCGCAGCGGCAACAGAGGAAAGUCGAACAUACUAACUGGUGUUGGCAGUGGUGCGGGUGGUGGUGGUGGCGGUGGCGGCGAAAGCACAGCCUCGGAUCAUGAUACACGCAGCUCGCGCGAGGAGGAUUCCAAGAGUCCGAUUUCGGCAGGAAAAAAUACGCUUGUGGAGGAGAAAAUUGAUCUCCAAAACUGCUGCUGGUGUCGUCGUCCUGUGCCGGAUAAUUCCCCUGAGUUUCUCACCACUUCCGCUACACGCUAUUGUUCCGAAUCCUGUUUCACGCAGUCUCGUCGCGCGUCCUUCAAGAAGGCCAAAACCUGCGAUUGGUGUAAACACGUUCGCCAUGCCAUCAGCUACGUAGACUUUCAGGACGGUGCCUCACAGCUCCAAUUUUGCUCUGACAAAUGCCUCAACCAGUAUAAAAUGCAGAUUUUCUGCAAAGAGACACAGGCGCAUCUGGACAUGAAUCCUCAUCUUCGCGAGCAGGGUUUGGAAGCCGUGGCUUCCGGUAAUGGCACUGGCCUUAUAACGCCCGACUUGUGGCUUCGCAACUGCCGCAGUCGCUCCGCAUCACCGGCAUCUACACUCUCCGUCUCGCCAGGUCCACCGGGUCCUACAGUAAUUAUGCCUAAUAAUACCAACUUGGCUACUGGCUCGUCGUCGUCACCAGGCUCUUCGGCCGCCUCAAAUUUGGGACAUUCGUCUGCUACGCCACACAAGCCCAUGAUCUCAGUAGCGCCCGUAUCGAAGCUUAUGUCAAAGAAUGUAGGCAUGUUGACUUCGAUGCCGGUGCCAACAUCGAAUCGAGGCUCACCGAAGCACAACCGCAAGAAGCGUCCUUUGCGUUCCAGCAUAAGUGGCGGCGCAGGCUCUCACGCAGAUUUGUCUUCCGCCUGCGUGAAGGGAAGUCUCAAUGCAAUCGCGCGCGAUGCUGGCUCUUCAACUGCUUCUGUCGCAUCCGGUUUGCUGGGCAAAGCAAAAUCGUUGCUUGGUGCUACCUCGAACAACAACUUGCGCACAAGUCCUGGUGUACAUUUGCCGCCAGCUGGUGCUAGUGCGUCCAGCGCAAAACCGAGCGCGUCCGUACUAAACCAAUUCGCGGGCUCCAGCGUGCAAGAUCUGCACAUGAGUGUGCCGCCCCUAUCGCCUAUGUUGGAGCAACAGACGCCACCGCAUCCAUUGCCUCCGCACGCGCUGAAUGCGAGCGGACCGGCUUUCUUCGCAACACCACCUGGCCCGCAGCCACCGAACAGCGGCGGACCACAUCAGCAACUACCUCCUGGCGCUUUCCCACCGCACCCGCCUGCGUUUCUGUCAAGCCCAGGGGCGCCAACUGCUCCUGGCAUGCUGCCGCGAUACCCAGGAACGGGUUGGUUUCCUGGAUUUCCACCGCCUCCACAUAUUACACAUCCACCGCCUGAUUUGGUAGGUGGUUUGGGACUCGGCGCCCUACUGGGUGCACCGCCGCCGGUAACAGUCAUGGUGCCCUAUCCUAUAAUUAUACCGCUGCCCAUACCAAUACCAGUGCCACUACCAGUAGUGGACUUUUACAAGGCGUAUCUAUCGCCAGAGGAGCGCGCCAAACUGAAGCAAAAAGAGAAUAGUCAAGCCAAUGCAGCCGCAAAUGAGCCAUCGACUGCUGCGGUGACAGCGGACGAUAGCGAUUGUGAACCAAAAAUUGAAGUCACAGAAGAAACUGUGAACGAAGAACCUUUAGACUUCACCAAGACAAAGGAACUCGAAGGAGAUGAGCCCGAAAAACCAGGGUCCAGUCUUAAGCGCGCCUUAUCAGAGGAACACCUGACGGCGACUACGACUACAACGACUUCAUUAUCCCUAGUUACACCCACGACAAAUAUCACUGCGACCACCGCUGUUACGCCCUCUCCCGAGGACUCACCCUGCUCACCUACAAUCUCCGGUAAGGCAACGCACUGUAUCGUGCGCACAGAUGACACGGAAACCCCCAAACGCGAUUUAGGCAUGGAAAUGGAUGAUAUACCCGCCGCUGGGAGCGAAAUGGACGAUGCUAAGCAAAAAUUACCGAAGUUCAAAAUUACACGACUGCAAACGAAGCGCACACUCAUUCAAACCAAAGAAACACCUACCACGCCCACCACAGCUGUAGCCGAAUGUAGUCGACCACUGCGAAAACGAAAGCGAAUUAUCGAUUGUGAUUUCCAAAAAUUGGCUUUGAAGGAAGCCGCCGCGAUGGACGCCGAUGGCGCGGACUUAAACGAAGCGUUUAACGUGGACGCUGAGGCAAAGGCGGCAACAACAGCCAGUGUGGGAAGUACAGCGUGCACCAGCAAUACUAAAGCGCAAAGCAAAAAGUAGAAAGUAAGGAACUGAAUUUAGUUCUUAGUUCUUAAAAAUUUAUAGGUUAUUUUUAGUUGUUUAUUAAACAAACAUAAAUAAAUAUUUUUUUUUUUCAUAUUGUGAGUUCAAAGAAUAUUAUAUGUAUAUAUAAGACAUGGCGCAAUUAAAAGGUGAAGGAUAAAAACAAAGCUUUCUUGCUUUAUUUCUUAUUUCAAGUUUUCAAAUAAAGCAAUGCCAUUAUCUUUCUUCUCACUCUUACUACUUCACCUGGUGUAAUCCCACCAUGAUAUAUAGGUCUCGAAAAUAAAUUGUGUCAUAUGCCAUAGAAGGCAAAAAGCCGUUUAAAACUCAGUUAUGCCAAUAAUAGUAUAUAUUGUGCUUUAGAACAUUUAAUAUGUAUGUAAUGCAAACAAAAAUAAUUUUUAAGUUAGACAUUUAACUACAGCAUCGCUUUAAGUUAGCCUUAGAACUAAAAAAUAAAAAAAACGUUUGUUGUUCAUAACCUCAUAAUUUAUUUAUUGGCGAGUGUGGUCAAAAAUUUA